CAACAGGGCAGUGACGUCACGCGCUGUGUCAGUUCAUCCUGCUCCGCCGUCGCUCUGUCGAGGCUGAGCUGAGAAACUGCUGUUGUUCGGGCGAAGAUGGCCGCGGGUCCCCUAUCUGUAUCUUCCAACGCGUCCACAAACAACGAUGGCAUCCUUAUUGGUGAUAAAGUUUACUCGGAGGUGUACCUCACGAUCGAUAACUCUCUCAUACCAGAGGAAAGGCUCUCUCCGACGCCGUCGAUGCUGGAUGGCCUCGACCUGAGCGCGGAGACCGACCUUCGCAUCCUUGGGUGUGAAUUGAUUCAGUCGGCGGGUAUUCUUCUCCGGCUACCGCAGGUGGCAAUGGCAACGGGGCAGGUGCUUUUUCAUCGGUUUUUCUACUCCAAGUCCUUUGUGAAGCACAGCUUUGAGAUUGUUGCUAUGGCUUGUAUCAACUUGGCAUCCAAGAUUGAAGAAGCCCCACGGCGAAUACGAGACGUCAUCAAUGUGUUCCACCACCUGAGACAGAUCAGAGGCAAAAAGACUCCAAGUUCAUUGAUACUUGAUCAGAACUACAUUAACACCAAAAACCAAGUCAUCAAAGCGGAACGGCGGGUCCUGAAGGAGCUGGGCUUCUGUGUGCAUGUCAAGCAUCCCCACAAGAUUAUCGUCAUGUACCUUCAAGUCCUGGAAUGUGAAAAGAACCAAACACUGGUCCAGACGGCCUGGAACUACAUGAAUGACACUCUGAGGACAAAUGUGUUUGUGAGGUUCCAAGCUGAGACUAUCGCCUGUGCCUGCAUAUACCUCGCUGCCCGAGCCCUGCAGAUACCCCUGCCCUCCAGACCUCACUGGUACCUGCUGUUUGGAGCCAGUGAAGAUGAGAUUAAAGACAUCUGCAUCACCACCCUUAGACUCUACACCAGGAAGAAGCCUAACUAUGACCAGCUUGAGAAGGAGGUGGAGAGGAGGAAGGUGUUUUUAGCGGAGGCUAAGCUGAAGGCUAAAGGCCUGAACCCUGAUGGUACCCCUGCACUGUCCACACUGGGUGGCUUCUCUCCUGCAUCCAAACCUUCAUCCCCAAAUGUGGUCAAGGUGGAGGAGAAGUCCCCUAACCCCCAGACCCUCAAACAAAUCAAGAAGGAGCCAGACAACCGGACUCAGGUCACCAAGAGUCCACAUAACGGGUUGAGGAAAGAGGUGAAGAUUGGGAGGAACAGUAGAAGUGGAAGUCGAUCUCGUUCAAGAACACGUUCGCGGUCUAGAUCCCGUUCCCCUCGCAGACAUUACAACAGCAGACGCAGUUGCUCAGGGACCUACAGUUCUCGUUCACGUUCUCGCUCUCACAGUCGCAGCCCAUCACCUCGGCGACAUCCACCUUCGCCCCUCCUUCCCCACCUCAAGUCUAAGACCAGCCACCACAGCAACAGCGACUCCAAGCCCAGCAACCGCCACAGCAACAGUGGAGGUGGAGGAUCUGGCCACAAGAGGAAGCGUUCGCGCUCUCGGUCGAGGUCCCGCACUCCGGUCAAAGUGGAUAGGGACCGGGACAGAGAGCGGGAGAGGGACAGAGACCGCAGCUCCUUCGACCUCUCUUCAAAGAAACACAAACACGAGCGAGGAGGCAGUCACCGAGGAGACAGGAGGGACAGGGAGAGGUCUCGGUCUUACGACAGGGACAGAGAGAGAGAGCGUAGCCACAAAAGCAAACACCACAGCAGUAGUGGGCACUCAGGACAUAGUCGUCACCGGCGCUGAGACACACCAACAGACUAGCUCUGGAGCUGAUAGUCGCAGAAGUGUUUUCAGUAUACUCCAAACAAAAUCGAAUCUGGCAUGUUCUCCGAAUGUUGAAUACGGUUCACUAUCAGAAAACAACGGUGGUGAUCAGUGUGAUUCCUGGUCUUUUCAUUUAAUGGCGUCCAUGCCAGCUGGAGUCACAGUAAUAGACACAUUAUCAACGUCUUAAAAUGUAAACGGUCUACAACUAAUAUCAAAGUAAACCAAAUAUCUGCUGCCUGCAAACCAGUCAGGUGGCAUUGCUGAAGUGUUGUAGGAGUUGGUGAACAAUAAUGUAGAUAAAUUUGGUGCACUGCAGCUGUCUGAGAGAACAUGCCAGCUAGGAUUUCAUUUAGGGUGUAUUGCCAGCCAUAUAGCAACACAGUUGGGUUUCUCAAAUGCAUCCUUCUGACUAUUAAAACUAUUUAAUUUACAGGAAUGUUAAUUCUCUUCAACUUAAAUUUUUUUUGGCCCUAGUCACAAAACAAAGCAUUUAGCAAAAGUAAUGUUUGUCCCUAUGGAAAAAAAAAAAGUAAUUAAGGCUUGACAUUGGAAGCAUUAAUGGAAAAAGUGUUGAAAUUGCCUGAAACCUACACAUAGUGUAGCUUCUGCAUGCACAGUUGUCUUGGUGAUCAAAAAUUCAUUGCUUUGACUCUACUCUGUAACAGCACACACGUAGCUGAUAUUUGGCUGGUGAUGUGUUUUUGUAGAUUGAAGGUUUGCAUCUGAGGAACCCUGGCUGUAGCAGUUAACAUCCGCAUGCUGCAGCUAGUGUUGAGCCUUUUUUCACCCACCUCAUCACGCGUAAUCAGUGGUCGAGGGCUCCUUUAACUUACACAGUGCGACAUCAGUCCCAGACCUGUCACUUUCUCCUCCACUUAAAGGAUUUUGUUUAUUUUUUAUUCCUUGAUGCCCCGCCCUACACACCUACAUCCCUUUAGCCUACCCUUAUGUUCUUGAUUUUACAUGUAAAGUUCUGGACUUCUGGGGGGGGAAGAAACUUAUUUACAGUGUAAAGACGGAUUGAUGCCCACUGACACAAUGUGAACGCUUUGAUUUAUAAAAGCGAACUGCUCAGUGGAAGGAUUGAAUGAAUAAAUGUAAAAUAAAAACGAUCAUUCAGGAACGAUCAUUAUGUUUGCACAUCAAGGGACUGGCAGGCGAGUGGUUUUUGUUUCCUUUUAUUUUUCUUUUGACAUAUAUUUGUUGCUUAAGCUGUGUUUUGUACAGUUUCAAAAGAGCAAAUUGAUUAUAGACUGUUUUUCCUUUUUUCUUUUUUUUUUACAUCAGGGGAUGCAAACUUGAUUUCAAAAUAUUUUAGGGUUGUCAAUUUGUUACACUGGUUUUUAGUCUGCACGUGUUCAUGUCCAAUUUUUAUUCAAUAAUAAAUGAGUUAUGCCGCUGAA